GGGCAUCCCAUGACAUUUUGCCAGUGGCUUCAUACCAAGUUGUUCUGCCCAGUUUACCAAGGUUGCAUAAGAAAAGGCAGCUCCUCUCUGCCAACGCUGGGACACAGCAGUAGCUGUUUGCUACGCAUGUCCUGCUUGUCCCUUCCUUGCCUGCGACCACGCUUUAAAAUCAGAUUUAAAGUCUACCAGAUAAAUCCAAGGAGCUGAAUAUACUUCGGGAGGAACACGCCAAGCACACGCACACAGCUCUCUCCGACUUUCAAGGGCUCCCAUACACAGAAGAACCAGUUCUGCUCGGCACGGAUCCUCUGCCCCACGCUGGAAAUGCCAGAGCCCAGCGUCCUCUUCCUCCGCGCCUGCCUCGCGGUGCUCGCCAUGCCCAUCUACCUGCUCUCCUUCCUGGGCAUUUGGGAGCCUUUCUGCAGGAAGAUAUUUUUUCCUUACUUCUUAGAGAAGCUUUCUACAAUUCACGAGAAGAAAGUAGAGAAGAAAAAACAGGAGUUAUUCCGUAACCUACCUGACUUCACCAGCUCGUCGGGGGAGCUGAGGCUGCUAGAGAUCGGGACCGGCUGUGGGACCAACUUUAAGUACUACCCUCCAGGCUGCAAAGUCACCUGCACUGAUGUAAACCCCCACUUCCAGGAAGCCCUUUCGAGAAGCAUGAGCAAGAAUCAGCACAUCCACUACGAGCGUUUCCUGGUAGCCGCAGGAGAAGACCUGCACCAGGUGUCCAGCGGUUCCGUGGAUGCUGUCAUCUGCACCUUGGUCCUCUGCUCCGUGCACGAUGUGAACGGCACCCUGAAGGAAGUCUUGCGAGUGCUCAGACCAGGAGGCGCUUUCUAUUUCUUAGAGCACGUGGCCGCUGACCGUUCCAGCUGGAAAUAUUUUUGGCAGCAGGUUUGCUACCCAACUUGGAAACUCGUCUUUGCUGGAUGCUGCCUAACAAGAGAGCUGUGGAAGAAUCUCGAAGAGGCCAAGUUCUCGGAUUUGAAGGUGCAACACAUCAGCAUUCCGCUGCCCGGGACCCCCAUUAAGCCUCACAUCAUUGGGUUUGCCGUAAAGUAACUCAGCCGCUCUGCCAGACCUCCUGCCCUGCCCCACAGGAAUCUCUCGAUGUAAUCAAUGCAGCAUAGGCUAAUCCAGUGUCUGAAUGUAGCUAAUACGGCGAAGAACUUGAGUUAAGUUUCUGAUUCAAGCAUCAAAUGAGAGGAAGGUCAGUUUUCCAAAGGUAUUGGAAGCCCUGGUGGUGCUGGCUGUGCCUGGCCAGGCCCCAGUGCAGCACAGGAGGAUCCCAGGAGGCUGCAGGGAAGGGAAACGGCCCAGCCGGCAGGGGAAAAAAAAAAAAGGAGUAU